GCGUCAGUCACCACAGGAGCACCGGGAGCUGCUUUUCGUCAUCCCACGCGUCCUGUCACAUCCACUUUAAGGUGACGAUGUCUCCCAGAGAUGUUGCGGCUCCAGCAGUGACAAUAAACAUCCAUUUUGCCUCUGCCCUCUGUCUCCGUCUCUUGCCCUCGCUGGGCGCAAAGACCGGCUUGAGGCCUUGGCUGCGUGUGGCUCUUCACACCGUGCUUGGUUUUCCCCCAAAAAGAGGGUUUUGGCCAUGGAGGGGAGCACGAGGAAGGCAGGGGUUCACCAGAGUAUGGAGCCGGCAUCGGUGAGGACCAAAGUCCCCUCCUUCCUGUCUGACCUGGGGAAGGCCACGCUCCGGGGCAUCCGGAAAUGUCCCCGUUGCGGCACUUACAACGGCACCCGUGGCCUGAGCUGCAAGAACAAGAACUGCGGGACCGUUUUCCGUUACGGCACACGCAAGCAGCCCAGCGUCGACGCCGUCAAGCUCAUCACUGGCUCCGAUUUACAGGUUUAUUCGGUGCGGCAGAGGGACCGGGGACCGGAUUACCGGUGUUUUGUGGAGCUGGGGGUCUCGGAGACAGCCAUCCAGACGGUGGACGGGACCAUCAUCACGCAGCUCAGCUCCGGCCGCUGCUACGUGCCGUCGUGUCUGAAAGCAGCCACGCAAGGCGUGGUGGAGAACCAGUGCCAGCACGUCAAACUGGCCCUGAACUGCCAAACCGAGGCCACCCCGCUCACCCUGAAAAGCUCGGUGCUCAACUCCAUGCAGGCUUCACCCGAAACCAAACAAACCAUAUGGCAGCUGGCGACUGAGCCCACGGGGCCGCUGGUGCAGCGGAUCACCAAGAACAUCUUGGUGGUGAAGUGCAAGGCCAGCCAGAAGCACAGCCGCUACCUGCACGCCUCCUUCGCCCAGAAAAUGAGCGCCAAGACGCUGGCGGACCACAGGUUCUCCUGCUCCUGCCAGGCUCUGAAGCCUGGCAAGGGUGGCCCGGCCGAGGAGGAGGCGAUGCCGCCGCGCUGCAUUCAUUUCUUUGCCUGCAUCUGCGCCUUCGCCAGCGACGAGAGCCUGGCGCAGGAGUUCGCUGACUUCCUCACCUACGACUCCGGCGGUCUGAAAGGGAUCGUGGUCCCGCAGUUGGUUGGCAGCCCCGAAACCACGGUGCAGGCUGGGGAGACGCCUGCUGCCAAGCCCAAGAAGAGGAAAAAGGACGUGACGCCCGGGACACAGGCCACCAGCCCUCUCCUGGCUCAGGACCCAGCUCACAGCAACCCCAGGAGAAGCAGCCUGAAGAAGCCGGCCGUCGCUUCCUCGCUGAAAAGACAAGGCUGCACCCAGCUGCUGGACGAGUCGCAGGUGACCCUCUCCUUCCAGGACUGGCUGGCCAGUGUCACCGAACGCAUCCAUCAAACCAUGCAUUACCAGUUUGAGGGCAAGCCCGAGCCGCUGGUGUUCCACAUCCCCCAGGCUUUCUUCGACGCGCUGCAGCAGAGGAUCUCCAGCGGGAGCACAAAGAAGAGGCUGCCCAACUCCACUACAGGUAAGACAGGAGCACACUUGGCGCAGGGUGAAACCGCUCCGAAGCGGUGA